AUGUCCCCAUUCCUUCAAGCCAUGGCUUCCAGGUGGCCGCUGAUUCUCUACGCAGCCACCUGGACUCUGCUCCUUACGGUGACCGUGGCCGUGGCGGCUUUCUCACCCGAGAUAGCUUUCGUCACUGCCAUAUCUCCGUCGUCGGCCUUCUCCAAGUCGUGCGGGGGAGAGGGGCUUGUUAAGAUACCGACGGAGUACCCGAGGGAGGCAAUGUGUUUUCCGGCUCACAUGGUCCGGCGGUCCGGCUUGGAUUUCUUCGUCCCCACGGUGUUUGCCGCUCUGGUCGUUGCGGGUUCCGCUUUGGUAGUUAGGUCGUUGGCAUUGGGGGAGAGUGGUGAUGGUGAGGGACCUAGCUAG